GUGGCGCGCCGCCGGCGGUGCCAGUGGCCGAUGGGGGCGUGACGCUUGCGAAUCCGGCGCUCUGGAACACCCGCAGGUUGCCGAUGGAAGUUUCGACUCGCACCGAGAGGGAGAAGCGUGAGAAGGAGAUCGAGUACGAGAGCCGGAACAAGGUAACGACCAAAGCCGAGCCGAUUCUGCGAAUCCUCAAAGCCACGCUGCUGGACGCCGACGGCACUACCGAAGCCGUAGUCUACCCGACUGGCGGCGGCUUCGACACUUCAAGUUCGGACUGCCACCGCCAGACGGCGACCGGCCCUGCUGACCGCCGGCUCGCCACUCCUGCCGAACCCUCAGCGCUGCCUGAGAGCUCGAGACAGGAGCGCCCCCCGCCGCCUACGGCCAUGAGGCGUGCCGGCGGCGCCGGCGGCGACGCAUCCGGCCAGGUGCGCAUCAUUCCCAUCACGCUGGAGGGCGGGGAGGUGGCGGCUGACGUCGGCACGGCCGGACCAGCGGGGUCCGCCUCGGCGCGCCACAGGCCCAGUCGGGCAGCCGACUCUGCCACCCUCCCGCGCUCCUGGGCGCCUGGCCGGAACGGCGGCGGCGUCGAGCACCGGAUCCCCAUCCGCCUUGAGGACGGGGACGGGGCGGAGGCACAGCAGCCGCCGCCACCGCAGCCGCCGCCACCGCAGCAGCCGCAGCAGCAGCAGCACACAGUGCCUCGCCGCGGGAGCUUCUCAAGCCGCUCAAGCAUCCCGAAGAAGGUGCACUUCGCUGCGCAGCCGCAAGUGCAACUGUACGAUGAUGAGCGUCGCGAGGUGUCGCCGCCGCCCGCGCGCCAUCUGUCGCCGCCCGCUGCGGCUCAGCUUCCGUCUACCGCUAACAGAGUGGCCAGGCCGUACGGCCGGACGAGUCCACUUGUUGCGGCCGGGGGUGAUCGGACAAGCUCCCUGAGGCCGGCCUCUGAUGGUGGGAAGAGAAAUAACCCUCCAUCACCAGCAGAGUACCAUCUGCGACCUCUAGCGGCGACAGUCCCGGAUGUGACUCCGGAGCACGCAGCGACUGAGAAGAGCCAGUCGGCCGUCAAGGUGCCGCUCGAGAAGGUCAUGACCCCGGCGUCCUCCAUCGAUGACGCCACUGUGCCGACCAAAAAGAAGGUGGUGUUCGUCGACUCGGCGUUCUUCUCGCCGAGCCAGCAUCCGACCCUGGAGCACCAGGUGGCCAUGGCCAAGCAGAUCUCGACCUCACUCGGCGAUGCCCGCAAUCGACGCUCUCGAGGACAGAGCAUGUACGAGAAGCGCCAGCAGCGCAGCCCUCACUGGAUCCACCAAGAUGCUCCUCCCAGUAACCAGGAGGAGCAGCGGGGCUCCGUCGAGCCCGCAGAUGGUCUGUCUCCAGAAAUAUGCUCCGAACUUGUUAAAGAUCUUCACUCCGCCAACGGAAAAGGUGGCCAGAUCUUCGCCAAGCGCAAGAAGCGGUCAGAGAAGUGGGUGGUGGACGAGGAACACCCCGAGCAGAGCCGGCCCGGAGAGCGGCCGACCACCCGGCGUCCGACACCGCCGGUCGUGUCGCCGGCGCCGGUGAAGCCAGUCCUGCUGGAGGAGCUGUGCCAGUCGCCGCAGCCGCCGCGGUUCCCCACCGACGGCGUGUACAGCCCGCGCGCCGCCCGAGGCUGGGGCGUUCCCGACGCAGCCCCGGUGUUCCCGGCGCCUGUCAACGACGUUCCGGAUACAGUGCCCGACAUCGCGCCGACGGCGCCGCUCAGCCGCCAGCCGCCACCCACGUGUACACUCUCUGACAGUGUGCAGGAGAGCAUCAGGGCGAUGGAGGAGAAGCGACGCCAGAGAGCUGCCAACUACAACACGGCCCCGCGCGGCUGGACCGACCACGGCAUCUACUACAGGCCCGUCACGUUCACACAGGCCGUGGCGUAAUCAUGACGUCACAGGCGGGAGCGGCUAUGGUGAGCCCAGCACGCGAACCCCGAUCGUGACAUAAUCAUGACGUCAUUGGUGAGCGCGACUGUGGUGACCCUGACACGCGCGCCUCGACCGUGACGUAAUCACACGUCACUGGCGCUCCAGGCAGUCACAAGGUCUACACCCAGCUCGCUGUAUUUACUCAGACCGUGACACGAUUGAAAACGUGGCAUAAUGCUUACGUCAUUGGUAGCUGGGCCGGGCUAAAUGUGCACUGCUGGUCCCGUGCCCUCACAUAAGCCGUGGCAUCGCCAGAAGUCAAAACAAGACCUGUGGCUGCUGGCUCAUCACUGUUUUACGCCCAGUGACGUAAGAUUGACGUCAUUAGUUUUAUUGGCGCAUGUGGCACAGACUGGCCCGUGUGUUGGGGCUGGAGUCCUCCGGUGUGGUGUUCUAUGCUCUUUGUCACGGCCCGCAGCCACUUGUGGCCUUGACAGCCCGUCACUGUGACAUCUGUGCGGGACGUGAACCGUGACGUCAUUUGUGGCGGCUGCGUGCCGACAGCGGGCAAUGAAACGAUCGCGUUUGCCGUGGCUGAUGACGUUUCGUUUGCAUAUGGAUCCACGCCAUUGGUGAUGGAAACUCAGAGCGUAACACUGAACCCUGUCGGCCUGUGUACAUCUCUCUGUCUCGAUAUCGGAGAGCACUAGAUAAAUCAUUUUUGCAUCUUGCUUGUCCUGCACUCACCCUACAUCUACGCGGCGAUGAUAAUUCUCGUUUAUUUUGUUUAUUGGUCUAUCGGAAGAAGUUGAAGAGUGAUUGCUGUUUUGAAAACUCCGGUAUGUUUUCAUGCGCGUUUAGUGACUGUGUUCUGCUACGUACGGCUUGGGUGCUUUUGUCGUACGCGGUGGAAACGAAUACAACCAAUAAAACACGAGAACGAAG